GUCUAGGGGGCAGUGUUCUCAAUUUAGUAUUUGCCAAAACUCAACAGAAAAAGAAAAUGGCGGAGCGUGGCUACAGUUUCUCUUUGACCACAUUUAGCCCUUCUGGUAAACUGGUGCAGAUUGAAUAUGCACUGGCUGCGGUAGCUGCUGGAGCCCCAUCAGUUGGCAUUAAAGCUUCUAAUGGGGUCGUCCUGGCAACAGAAAAGAAACAGAAAUCUAUUCUGUAUGAUGAGCAGAGUGUUCACAAAGUAGAGGCCAUCACUAAGCACAUAGGCAUGGUGUAUAGCGGCAUGGGGCCUGACUACAGGGUUUUGGUCAGACGAGCCCGGAAGCUGGCACAACAGUACUUCCUUGUUUACCAAGAACCAAUCCCCACAGGCCAGCUUGUCCAGCGAGUGGCAUCUGUAAUGCAAGAGUACACACAGUCUGGGGGAGUGCGUCCAUUUGGGGUGUCGUUGUUGAUAGCUGGAUGGGAUGAAGACCAGCCCUACUUGUUCCAGUCAGAUCCCUCAGGAGCAUAUUUUGCAUGGAAAGCCACCGCCAUGGGGAAAAACUACGUUAAUGGAAAAACAUUCCUUGAAAAAAGGUAUAACAAUGACUUGGAAUUGGAAGAUGCUAUCCACACAGCCAUCCUGACUUUGAAGGAGAGUUUUGAAGGUCAGAUGACCGAGGAGAACAUAGAGGUUGGCAUCUGCAACGAGGCCGGCUUCAAGAGACUCACCCCAGCAGAAGUGAAAGACUACCUGUCAGCCAUUGCAUGAGAUCCCAGUGUAUUGUGAUGGUGUUCACUGGCUACAUGUCAACAUGUAGACAUGAUAGGGUAGUAGCCAAGAACGGAAUAAAACAUUUCUUCUCUACAACGUGACUUUUUAUAUCAUUCCCAAGACGAUUGACAGGAUGACUUAAACGCGACCACCUGUGUGCAAGUACUAAAUUGGGACAGUUUCGGUGUCAUAGCAAAUUGUUAACCCAAUCUCAACAAAAUAAAAAUGCGUUUUAUUACA